CUCUCUGCCUUUCUCUCUCUCUCUCUCUCUCUCUCUCUCUCUCUCUCUCUCUCUCUCACACACACACACACACACACACACACACACACACAUUCUCAUUCCCCUCUCUUGGUAGCCGAUUCCCGGGCGUUCCCAAUCUCCCUCCCCCACCCCUUCAGCCAGUUCUUAAAGGAGCAGGCCGGCAAUCUGGGAAGGCGGCAGAAAUAGGGAAAACUAAAGUGUGUGUGUGUGUGUGUGUGUGUGUCCAUGCAGCAGUGUCUGUGUGUGCCUGUGUUUAUGUGUUGACUGUAUAACUGUGUGUCAGAAAGCCCAUAUAUCUUGAGUGUGCUGUAUUUCUGUUUCUGUCUCCACCUAUGUGUCACCAUUAUGCCGUGUAUGUCUCUGGAUAUUUACCUAUGUGGUGUGUGUGAUUCUGCUUCAGUAAGUCUCUGUGUGUGUUUCUGAAUGUAUUUCUCUGUGAUUCUCUGGCUCUGUGAGGCUCUCUGUCUCAGAAUGUGGGACUAUAUGAGGGGAUCUCUGUGGGUUUGGAAUAUAUGUCUCUGUGAGUGAAUAUCGCAGUGUCUGUGAUCCUGGCUUGGUCUCUCUCACUCCCUCUUUGAGUCUUUGUGAGUUUAUUUCCAUGAGGCUCUGAGUGUGUGUCCCCCACACUCCGUUGUUUAUUUUACACUGGCUGAGCAUCAACAAUGCCUGGGGUGCUAGGCAGAGCGGUUUCUGCCUCAGUUCUGGCACUCAGUGUGAAUUAGAGAUAGCCGACAGAAAGGACCGAGGCUUAAGACUUUGGGAGCAGUGAGGGCUGAAGAGAAAUGUACAGGAGGGGCGCAGGAGGGUCUGGGGACUCUGGCCUGUCUGGCCCUGAGGGAGUCCCCUUUGUGAAGCUGUGGUGCUUGGACGACCUCUCUGCAUUGCGGGGCACCUUGUGCCCCCAGAACAUCCACACGGCUGUGCCCGAAGUCAUGCUGCCCGUCUGGUUCACUGCCAACCUGGAUAUUGUCGCUACUUACAUCCAGGAGCCCAAUGAAGACUGCCUCUACCUGAAUGUCUAUGUGCCCACGGAGGAUGUAAAGCGGAUUUCCAAGGAAUGCGCCCGAAAGCCCAACAAGAAAAUUUGUAGGAAAGGAGGAUCCGGCGCUAAGAAACAGGGCGAGGACUUAGCGGAUAAUGACGGGGAUGAAGAUGAAGACAUUCGGGACAGUGGCGCUAAGCCCGUCAUGGUCUACAUCCAUGGAGGCUCUUACAUGGAAGGGACGGGCAACAUGAUUGAUGGCAGCGUCCUCGCCAGUUAUGGCAACGUCAUCGUCAUCACCCUCAACUAUCGUGUUGGGGUGCUAGGUUUCCUGAGCACUGGUGAUCAGGCUGCCAAGGGCAACUAUGGGCUCCUUGACCAAAUCCAGGCCCUCCGCUGGGUGAGCGAGAACAUUGCCUUCUUCGGUGGUGAUCCCCGCCGAAUUACCGUCUUUGGCUCAGGCAUCGGCGCAUCCUGUGUCAGCCUCCUCACGUUGUCGCAUCACUCUGAGGGGCUUUUCCAGAGGGCCAUCAUCCAAAGUGGUUCUGCUCUGUCCAGCUGGGCUGUGAACUACCAACCAGUGAAGUAUACCAGCCUGCUGGCAGACAAGGUAGGCUGUAACGUGCUAGACACGGUGGACAUGGUGGACUGUCUUCGUCAAAAGAGUGCCAAGGAGCUGGUAGAGCAGGACAUCCAGCCAGCCCGCUACCACGUGGCCUUUGGCCCUGUGAUUGAUGGUGAUGUCAUUCCUGAUGACCCUGAGAUUCUCAUGGAGCAGGGCGAGUUUCUCAACUAUGACAUCAUGCUAGGUGUCAACCAGGGCGAGGGGCUCAAGUUUGUGGAAGGGGUGGUGGACCCUGAGGAUGGUGUCUCUGGCACUGACUUUGACUACUCAGUCUCCAACUUCGUAGACAAUCUGUAUGGCUAUCCUGAGGGUAAGGACACCCUGCGGGAGACCAUCAAGUUCAUGUACACAGAUUGGGCAGACCGUGACAAUCCUGAGACCCGCCGCAAAACACUGGUGGCGCUCUUCACUGACCACCAGUGGGUGGAGCCCUCGGUGGUGACCGCUGAUCUGCAUGCCCGCUAUGGCUCACCUACCUACUUCUACGCCUUCUACCAUCACUGCCAGAGCCUCAUGAAGCCUGCUUGGUCAGAUGCAGCUCAUGGGGACGAAGUACCCUAUGUUUUUGGUGUCCCUAUGGUAGGCCCCACUGACCUCUUCCCCUGCAAUUUCUCCAAGAAUGACGUUAUGCUCAGCGCUGUCGUCAUGACCUACUGGACCAACUUUGCCAAGACCGGGGAUCCCAACAAGCCGGUCCCCCAAGAUACCAAGUUCAUUCACACCAAGGCCAACCGCUUUGAGGAAGUGGCCUGGUCCAAAUACAAUCCCCGAGACCAGCUCUACCUUCACAUCGGGCUGAAACCAAGGGUCCGCGAUCAUUACCGGGCCACUAAGGUGGCCUUCUGGAAACACCUGGUGCCCCACCUAUACAACCUGCAUGACAUGUUCCACUAUACGUCCACAACCACCAAAGUGCCGCCCCCGGAUACCACCCACAGCUCCCACAUCACCCGCAGGCCCAACGGCAAGACCUGGAGCACCAAGCGGCCAGCAAUCUCCCCUGCCUACAGCAAUGAGAAUGCCCAAGGGUCCUGGAACGGGGACCAGGAUGCAGGGCCACUCCUGGUGGAGAACCCUCGUGACUACUCCACUGAAUUGAGUGUCACCAUCGCUGUGGGGGCUUCCCUCCUGUUCCUUAAUGUUCUGGCCUUCGCUGCCCUCUACUACCGCAAGGACAAACGGCGUCAGGAGCCCCUGCGGCAGCCUAGCCCUCAGAGGGGAGCUGGGGCCCCUGAAUUGGGAGCUGCUCCUGAGGAGGAGCUGGCAGCGUUACAACUGGGCCCCACCCACCAUGAAUGUGAGUCUGGUCCCCCCCAUGACACACUGCGCCUCACUGCACUGCCUGACUACACGCUGACCCUGCGACGCUCCCCUGAUGACAUCCCACUCAUGACACCCAACACCAUCACUAUGAUUCCCAACUCCCUGGUAGGGCUGCAGACAUUGCACCCUUAUAACACCUUUGCCGCAGGGUUCAACAGUACUGGCCUGCCCCACUCACACUCCACUACCCGGGUAUAGCUCCAGCCUAGAGCACAGCCUAUCUCCUGGCUCCCUCCCUCCCAGAUCCACAAACACACAUGCACACACACACACAGCCACAGACACACAUACACACACAUACACACACACACAUUCAGACAUAUAUGUAUACGCACGCACCCACACCCAACAGCAGACCCACCUGCACAAACAGAUGGACGUGGACAUGCACCCGCAUGUACAAAAACACAAAUAAGGAAGUAAACCUGAACAAACCCUUCAAACGGGGACGCAAAUGAGUCCUUGGGAAACUGAGGACCCGUGGAACAGCAGCUGAAGCCAGCUCCCUGAGCCUGACCACAGACAUUCCUGGGGGCCUGAAAGCACCAGCUGGACACCCCCCUUGGUGCUCGCCUUCCACCUCUCUUGGAACUGCACCACCGACCAACUCCAGACUUGGGAGCUUUAAAGAGCAGGGUAGCUCUUUCUCCCCCAGACUUGGUCUUUUUUCUGGGUCUUGUUUUUGUUGAUUUUUAAAACAAUUUUGGAACAAAUGCCUCUCCAACCCAUGAGUGCAAAAGGCUCUGGAAGGGAGGCUCCAGGCCCAGGUCUCUCUGUCUUUGGAACCCCUAGCACUCACACAAUCCGACCAAGAAACAUGACCCCAAGAAAGAAACAGAUUCGAACAAGACCAUGGGGUGGAAGGAGGAAGGGGCUACCUCUGGAUGGGGUUGGAGGCCAUAGGGGGAGAACCCUCCAGCCAUCUCUGUGCCCCUGUGGAGGGCUGCAGAGACUGCAGGGUGACCUGCUUUCCCCAAAGGCCACAUGCACUGGCCUGGCUAGACCAGGGGACCCUAGAUUUGGUGAAUGAGGUUCUAGUGGAGGCCAUGUCAAUAUUGGGCCCCUGGGUGUAAUCUGGGUUCCGCCUCUGCCCUUGGGGUAAUGGUAUCAGAAAUUCACCCCAUUUUCUUUACAGAGUCUCUUUUGUGUCUGUCAUUUCUCUUUCAAAAAGGCAGUGUUUUUUGUUGUUGUUGGCUUUUUUUUUUUUAAAAGAAAAGUUCUUAAAACACUAACGGAAACCCAUGGAGUUUGUCCUUUGUAAAAUUUUAAACACAGUGUCUUGAUAUAAAAAUAAAAAAUCCAGUUAGCACUCCCAACCUGCCUCCCUUGCACAGGCCUUGCCCCAACAGAUGCCCCCAGCAGGGCACCCCUGUGGGCUCGGAAUCCAGCCUGCCUCUGCAUCCCAUGACUUUAAGCUGAGACAAAUCUGGGCUGCACUCUGCUGGCCCCCCUGCACACAUCAAGGCCUGUCCAAUCUUAAGCAGGUUGCUGCCCCCAUAACACGCCCCACCAAGUCCCCCCAACACUCUGGGUUCCUGCAGCUGAAGCCUUCUCUCAGCACCACAGGUCUCCUAAUGAAAUGGCAAAAAUAACACUUCCUCCUCCUCCUCCUCCCCUCUUCCUCCUUCUCCUCCCCCUCCCCCACUUUCUCACCAAUGCCUCUGCCACUGCCCCCAUCACCACCAUCCUGCCCUCAUCCUAGACUGCGGGCUAGGAAGAGGUGUGACCUCUAACAUGCUGACAUUUUUUCUCAUACAUGACUGAAUCCAGUGUAGCAUCAGAUAUGUGGAUGCCCCCUGGCCUUGGGUGACUGACAGAGCAGGGGCCCUCUCCUCCCCAGGGAUACUUGUUUUCUGGUCGGUGAAUUAAAAUUGGAGAAGGCCCUGGGGCCCCUGGAAGAGAUUUCUCUCCAGGGUUAUCAUCAGUAGCUCCCUGUCAACCCCGGGGGACAGAUUCAGUGGGGCUCCACAGGGUUAGCAUUAUGGUAGUUCAUAUUAUUCUCAGCGACUUGAAGGACUGAACCAGGAGUCUGCUCAUCAAGUGUGACAGUUGGGCAAGGUUGCUGACACCUCAGAAACCAGGAAUAGAAUUCUUCAAAGUGACCCUGACAAAAUGAGGGAGAUGAACCAACACGACAGGAUGAUGUUCAGAUGGGAUCAACACAAGACCAAAACUGAGAACUAAUAUGCUAAUAUGGUACAUGGGGAUGAGAGAGUUGGGCAGUGGUUGGCUGGACACACUUUAGUUAAAAAGAAAGAAAGAACUGGGGGGAGAGUGACAGGAUGGGUCACAAGUUGAAUGAGUCCAUAGUGUAGAACUGGUUUUCUCCUCCCUCCUCCUUCUGCCCCUCUCCUCCUUCCCUUUUUCCCUCCUUUUUUUCUUUCCCAAACUAAUGUGAAUACUAGCUUAUAAUAACAAAAAUAUAGCAUGGAGUUGCUAGGAAGUAAUCGGAGUGUGAGUUUUAGAAUUAGAAAUCACCUCAGAAUCAUACUAUAGUACAACCCACUUAUUUCAUAAUUGGGGAAAUGAGCCCAGAAAAGCCCAACAUCAAGGUUAGUGUUAGAAACAGACCUAGGAUCCAGUCCAAUCAUAUAUGACCUUUCCUAUGGUCAUUUUUUUUUUCUUUUUUUGGCCUUUUAAAGCAUUAAUGGGUCUAUCCUUGGUCAACACAUUUCCAGCAUAUGUGGAAAAGCUGGAGAGGGUCUGGAGAAGAGCAAAACCAAUGUGCCAAAGGACUAGGUCUUCAUAAAUUAUUAUUAUUAUUUAGAAAGGAAGAAGCUGAUGAGGCAAACUUCAAUAAUUGUGGAGACCUACUAUGUGCCAAGUGUGCUCUAUCAUCUUCAAAAAUUGAACUCCUAGAUAAGGACAGAGUUGAUGGUCUCUUCUCCAUUUUUUCUGAGAAUGGCAGAAGGGAAAAGAUUACAGUAGACAUGAGGAGAAAUUUUGCUAAGGCAGUCAGUAAGUCCUCUAUAAUAGUGACUAAAUGAAAUGACUUACUAAGGAAAGCACUGGUGUUCAUCUUCCUAAAAGCAGAGGGCUGGAUUACAUGAAGUUUUCAGGUCAAUUCAGAAACUUUGUUGUUAUGAUCCUGUGACUGCUCCAUCUUAGGUAUUACCAAACUGGGCCUCCUUUUCUGGUGUGUGUGUGUGUGUGUGUGUGUGCGCGUGCGCGCACGCACGCACAUGCGCAUACCUGCAAAUUAGAAGGCUCUCGAUUUGGGGGAGGAUUUAGACAUUGCCUCUCCCUGAAGAACUGAAGGUGCUGUAGCAAACCCAGAUCCAAUCGUUUUUCGGACCCAUCAAUAAUACAUUACAGUCAGUCUUUCACACUUUUCCAAGAGGUAGGCUUCAAGACAGCAAGGUUUCAAUCUAAUUGGCAGUCAAUGCUGUGCCCAAAUAGCUUGAGUGUUCUCAGCCCCAUUACUGACUACCAGCCCUGAGCCCCAGCUAAAAACCCAGCCCCUUGUUUGCAGGGGGGCUAAGGGUGUAGUUGGAUUUCAUUUCACAAUCCAAAAAUCAUUAGUGCCUAGACUGGGUCCAGCCUGCAUCCCUCAAUUUAUCUGGUUUCUAGAUUAGUCCUUCGGGGAGCUGGACACAGCUACCUUGGGAUUUUAGCCACUGGUGUGUGUGAAGGGCCAGAGGUUGGUCACUGUGGAAGUCUCCAUAGGAAGUGAGUACGAUUAUCAGGACUGUAGACCUGGCCCGAUGCUAGUUUCUAUACUAUGAGGGAUAGAAGACAGCCCCUUUGGGGGUGUACACUGUUAGGAAUACAAAACUGAGGGGCGCCUGGGUCGCUCAGUCGGUUAAGCACCCAAUUCUUGAUUUUUGCUCAGGUCGUGAUCUCGCGGUUCCGAAGAUCGAGCUCUGCGCUGAUAGCGCUGAGCCUGCUUGGGAUGCUCUCCCUCUCUCUGAAAAUAAGUAAACGUUUUUUAAAAAAGGAAUACAAAACUGAACUAUGAUAAAAUGAAGUGCAGAGUCUAGCAUGUGACUUCAGUUGCAUGGUGAAGGUUAAAGUAGCUGGAGACAUUUCUCCAGUGGCAUUUGAGUGGGCAGCUGGAAGACCGGGCACUCCAAACUGGGAGAAAGGCCUCAGCCUGAGCUUGGAAGAUGAGAAAAUCUAGGCAUGCUUGAGGAGCAGUGAGGGGACUGGCUUCACCGAAUCAGAGGGUUCAAGUUAAAGGGUGGGGGGGGGAAUCAGAUGGGAAAGGCAGGUCGUGGAGGUCUUCAUAACAGCAGAAGCAGCAGAAGCGUUUGACCGUCAUCAGACACGGGAUAGGACACCCUGACUCUUUUGCUAAUGGCUUUAGAGAGAGAAAACAGAAUCCCCUCAGCUCCCCUUUUGUCCCUUCUCUCCUGCAAGGAGGAUUUUCAGAGUGGAAAGGACAAAGCAGCACCACAGAGAGACUCCUGAAGGCCGUCUAGGCCAAGAGAGCCUUUAGGGGCUCUGGAUAACUCCAUCUCAUAGUGUGGGUCGAUAGCAGCCCAGGGCAUCGCAAAGACUUGCACCUCAAGUUAGGAAACCCCAUGGAGAGCAAAGAAGAUGCACACUGCAGCUUAGAGAUGGGCAAAUGUGACUCCACACUCUUAGGAUUGGGAAGAGAUCAAUCCCACAAGUUACAGAUCAAUACGUUUAAUAUUGAUCGAGGGCAAGAUUCUAGAACAAAUGAUUAAAAGGACGGUUGGUGAGCACUUACAGAAGGAAGCAAAGAUCUCUCGGCCCUCGCCUGGAGGCCAAACAAAUAAUUCCCCACUCAGCUCAUUUCCGUCACUAGGGUGCCUGGAUGGGUAGAUGAGGAGAAUCCUAUACCUCCAAUGUAUCUGGAGUGAGUGCAACAAAACGUCCUCUCGUGACAGUCUUGGGACAAUAUGGAGAAAUGUGGAAUGGAUAAAGAUAAACUUAGGCAGGUUAUUAGCCAGUCGAAUGACUACACACAAAAGGGUUCUGUUUUCAUGUCACUAGAUCAAAUUUGAAAAUUACAUAUAUUUUGUAAUGAUGUAAUGAAAGAGAGACCCAAAAGGUGAGAUGACAGAACCAGAAUUCAUAGAGAUGUCAAGAGGCUGGUGUAAUGGACACACUAUAGGAAAAUGAAAAUUACUAGGGACAAAUAUAAAGUCAUUUAUUUGAACUCCCAAAUGUAAUACUGCAAAUGUAGGAUGUGAGGGAUGGCUUAAAUGGUUUCAGAGUAAAUGAGCGCUCAUCAUGAGCGAUGAGUCAAAAGCACAGUUUUGUUGCUACAAAAAGUAUUCUGACCUUCGGUUGUAUUACUGAAGGUAUAUUGUCCAUAAUAAAGGAGGUGAUCAUCUUGUGCCACUCUGCACUGCUCUGUUCAGUGCAGGCAUCACACCUCAAAGGAGAUGUCAACAAAAGUAUACGCCGAGAAAAAGUGGUGAGAGCAGCGAGGGAACUGGCAAAUCCAGAGAGAGAUUUGUCUACUGUCAGCAAAUCAUUGCUGGACUCAAGGGGGAAGAGGAAGCUGCAGAUUUGUUCUGUGUAUGACUCCAAGGGCGCUGAGAUCUAAUGGGUGAAAGUCAGGGGAAAGCAGAUUUUGGUUCAACAUAAGGAAGGUUCUUUUUUUCUUUCUUUUCUAUAAUGAAAAAAAUCAUAAUAAAAGUUUCAGCUUAUGA